AUGACUCUCCCUGUCCCGAACGCCAUAAACUUUAUGAACGCGUUCAAGAACUUCCGCAACGUGAGUGACAACGCCGUGGUGUUCUCCAUCGUGGUGUCCGAGUUCAUCCUGUACGUCGUUCUCAUGGUUCUUCUGUGUGUGGACUUUGGACGUAAUGAAAGAACAAUGUUAUCCGAGGUGAGUCUGAUCCCCCCAGACAGGAUGCCUGCGCCUCACGUCUAUCAGCUCACGGUCACCACCGGGUCCAUGCUCGGCGCUGGGACCACCUCACGGGUCGCCUUCCAACUCUUCGGGUCAGAGGGCACGACCUCAGUCAAGAUGCUGAACCCAAGAGGAGAGGCUUUGGUACGUGGAAGUACUUUACAUUUUAUCAUGCCUGUGCGAGAGUCACUGGGGGAAGUGAUGUUGUUGCACAUCUGGCAUGAUAACUCUGGGGAAGGCGACAGGUCAUCCUGGUUCCUCCGUAAGGUUUUCGUCAGAGAUAUAGAAACGGACGUGAUUUCUUACUUCAUCUGUAAUGACUGGUUGUGUGAAGACAAGGGUGAUGGUGAAGUGCAGAAGGUGGUGCACGCUUGCACAGAGCUGGAGCUGGCAGCCUCCACAAAUGUCUUCAACGAGGCAACCAGAGACGUGCUCUACGAUCAACAGCUGUGGGCUUCAGCCCUUAUGGCAGCACCAGGUUCCAGCUUCACCCAGGCCCAGCGUCUGUCCUGCUGCUUUACUCUCCUGAACACCAUGAUGCUGGCAAGCGCCAUGUGGUACCAGACAGAUGACAGAACUGCCGACACACAGGUGUACAACCUGGGGAUUGCUCGUUUCACAGCAGAGGAGCUGUACAUCAGCCUUAUGUCCAUGCUGACUGUAGCCCCGGUUAAUCUCAUGAUUGUGCAACUAUUCCGGAAGGAGACACCGUUGUCUCUUAACACUCCGGAGAUGUCAAUCCGGAUGUCCAUGCGAGCACCGAGGAAGAUCAUCCCACCUGCUAAACCUGAUGCCCAAUCGGCACGAAAGAGGAAGGAACUCAGUAAGAAGUCAGUCUCGACACUCCUGGAUUUGUUUCUGCUGUUCGUCUUCGUGGCUGUUUUCUUUUACCUCGCCCAGAUGGACACAGACCAGCGCGCCUUGUACGAGACACAGACACUGUCAAACACAGUUCUACAGAAGUAUGAUAGAAUCAGCACCCCGGACCAGUUUUAUGAUUGGCUGGAGAAAGUCCUGCUGCCGACCCUGUUCCCGUCUGCCUGGUACAACGGUAGGAAAAUGAAAUUCUUGGACCAACAGUUUGCACAGAACACAGAGUCCUUCCGCUUUGGUCCUCCUCGCCUGACACAGAGGAGGAAAAUUCCAGAUACAAUGGCAUGGAAGGCUGGGGCUGGAUUUGGGUGGGAUUUUGUUGAGGGGAACACAUCGGACAGCUGCUGGAGGUUCGCUGCACCCAACAUUUCGAACCACCCGAACUUCACGUCUGAAUGUAGCAACAACCUUGUCCUCGAGAUCCCUCAAAAUUAUGACAUCGCCAUCUCAUUCGUCAGUGCCUUGAAAGGUUCUGGGUUUGUCGACAAACACACAGAGUCACUGGCAAUCGACGUCAACUUCUACAACCCCAGUCUGAAGCUGUUUAGCGGCAUAAACAUAGCACUGGAUCAUUCAGGUGAGCUGGGGUUUGAACACUUUGUGGAUGUGACACCUGCUGCAUUGUGGGAUGCGUGUUUUAAGCACAUCUUGGGUCUCGUCGUCUUCGUCAACACCGUCGCCUUGCUUCGUGCGGUCCGCUUCACUCAGACGAUCGGCAAACUCCUGGCUCUUCCCGGCAUCAUGAAGGAGGAACUUGUGUCGUUCUUAGUUGUUGCUGCCGUUGCCUUCGUGGCCUUUCUGGGCUCAGGGCAUCUUAUCUUUGGUCACAACAUGCAGUCCUACUCAGACAUGUACCGCACAACGCUCGCGCUCUUCGAGAUGGUGCUCGGCACGUACGUCGCCCAAGACCUGGUAGACUCCAACCCUCUCCUGGGACCGAUCUACUUCUCCGCCUUCAUGAUCUUCAUCUUCACGCUGCUGGUCAACGUCCUCAUGUCCAUCAUCUGCGAGGCCAUCUCUGCCGACGUGGACACCACACAUGACCAGGAACUUGCCGAACACAUGUGGAGCAGCUUCCAGGCCAUACUGGGCGCACACGGAGCACGGGACAAGGAGGAUAAACAAGGUUUGUUGAAGAAAGAAGAGAUACAGGCAAACCUGCGCACUAUCCGGGAGCAACUUGAUGAAAGUCUUGACAUCUGUGACUCCAUCCUCCCCUGUUCACGUGUUCCCCGUACUGUGGCUGGCCAGGUUACCAGACAAUAA